AUGCAGCCGGACGAAGGACAAGCACCUGUGGCUUCUGAUGCUUCCCCGGCGGAGCCAUCCACUGGCCGGAGAUCCGAGAAGGAAGUAGAGAACAGCACCCUGGCCAUGCUCCAAGCAUUUCGGACGGCCAAAAGUGUUCCUGGGAAGGAGCUCCUUCGGCUCAUCGAUGAGCACUCUCUUGCAUGUGAGGAAUAUGCGCAGAUGCUUCCUCAAUCUUGCAGCAGGGUCAGCAAGUUGACUGCCACGCUGCGGACAGACUUGCGGGGAUCAGGUUUCAGAGAGCAGGUCCCUGUGGACGCGGGAACGUCUGGAGUUUUCAGUGAUUUCCUGUCGUCCCUGGGCCUUCCAACAGACUCGGCGCAAGCAUCCGCGCCGCAGGUCUUCUCUCCGCUAAUGGCCCCCAGCGAGCCUGCAGACAAUGCAGCAGCCCUUGGAGCAUUGGUCGAACAAUUGGAGCAAGGACCUGCCAAAGCGUUGCAGGCCGGCAGACAAUUAGAAGCUGAGCUGAAGGAAAUGCUGAAUGUGUUGGCAAGGCUUCAGGCUCUCUGGCCAGAGCUUCGAACUUCAGUUGAAGAUGCUUUUGCAUUUCAGAAGCACCUCAGGACAAAGGAUCUAGCUCAGGCGUUGAAGCAGGUCCUGCAGUUCAGACGAAAGCUUGGUGCAGCCGCUCCAAGCAUAGAUUUGCUGUGUGACUUGUUGGAAGAUGCAACUGAGCAGGUGAGGCAAAGAGAAGAGGAGCGACUUCGUUUCAAAGCCAUGACUCGAGAAAUCUUGGAUGGCCAGAGCAAGGCUCUUUCUGCCAGGGUGGCAGCUGUCCUUUGGCUGAAGCGUGGCGGUAGAGCAAGCGGCAUGGCCAGACCUGAGCAGACAAGGUUCGAUAUUGAACAAGCCUCAGAGGCCUUGGAGCGCAACUUGGAGGUGGCCAAAGAUAUGGAAAACCGUUUGGUCAAGGGUGCUGGGACGGUCAUGAAGAGAGAAGCAUGCCAUCAAGUGGUACAGCGCACAGUGGCAAGGUUGUCGGCUCUGCGUGGCAAAGUCCUGUCGGCAGCAGAGGCUGUGUCUGCUGCCAGGGCUGAUUUGGCCGGAGCGCGCAGAAGUGGCCAAGCAGCUUUGACAGAGGCUGCAGCAAAAGCGUUGGAGCAACUCAUCGCUGCCCUGGACGAGGCCGCCGGCCACAUCGAUGCGGGUGGCGGUCGUGGCGCAAACCGAACGGACCAGGUCAUCGCAGAUUGGAAUGAAACACAACCAGCCUCACCAGGCUCACCAUCUUUGGCCAUUGCGGCGAUGAGGAACGUUUCCCAUAUUGACAUGUUCGAGGACUUCACCAAAGGCAUCGUGGCAAUGACCAGCAAGCUGGUUUGUGAGGCAGUUAUGGCCUCCGCCAGCGAGCUGCAAAGCACCCAAGCUGAGCUGCAGUCCGUCAAGCGGGCCUUGCAGAACGGAGCGGCGUAUCUCGGACUACAGGGUGAAGCACUGCAGAAGUAUUUGCUCCAAUUGAAUGAAAAGGAAAAUCUCUUACUGUCCAAACAGUUGCGGGGCUUGGCAGUUCAAGAGAGCUUUGAACCGUUGUUGCCUGCCGGGGCAUCAUCGGGGCCAACGCGAGGGUACGCAACUAGUGGGCAGGUGACCAAUGGGGCACACCAGCCUCGCCCUGCACCAGUUGGAGAUGCGAAGGCCUUCAACCGCGACAAUCUUCAAGAUGUCCUGGUCCACAUGGCCGAAUACGAGGCAGUGCCCGCAGAAUGUGCAAAGGCCCUGAAGGCGCUUUCCUCUCUGGCGUAUGCCAAUGCUCGGGUGGUUGGCCAGGACGAGCGAGUGCUCCCGGCCUUGCUUAGAGCAGUGCGUUUGCAUAGCAGAGAGGGAGCAGUGCAGCUCACAGCCAUGAGAGCCAUUUCAAACAUGGCCUAUGACCAGGAAGUGGCGUUAACCAGACUAGCGCAGCCAGAUGUCAUGGGGCAGCUGCUGACAUCGAUGGCAUCCAAAUCUGAGCCAAAGGAGAUUGGCGCCAGAGCGAGCGAAGCUUUGGCCAGAAUCAUCGCUGCAGAGGUAAAGCCAGAAAGCGAAGGCGGUGGGCCUCCGCCUGAACAGCCUGUGCAGCUCCCGGCGGGUUCGCCGGGAGCGCUCUGCGGUCUGUUCCUGGCCGCAUGCAGUGCUGAGGCUGUUUGCAAAGAGAUUGUGCCACAGCUGCUACUGCAGCUCUCUUCCAACGAGGUGAUAGAAGCGAAACAGGCAGCUGAGGGCUUCACAAGAUGUGAGCAGGAAUGCAAAAACCCUGGGGAUGGCGUUGGUUGGUUGGCUCUUGCCAAAAUUCUCUCGCCAAUGGACUCUGUUCGAGACCUGCCCGCUGCAUUAGUUGAAGCAGGUGCGAUCCGGGCUGCAGCUAGCAUCAUGGCUCGCUUCAUUGACGAUAGCUUGGUCCAGCUGACCGGCAUCGAAGCCAUGUCUAGUCUUGUGGGGAAUCGCUGGGCUGGAUUGAGGGCAUUUGCAGAUGUUGGCGGCAUGGAGCGGGUGGAGGAAGCCAUGCGACGUCAUGGGCCAGAUGCAUUGAUUCAGACGAAGGGUGUCCGAGCACUUGGCAGUGGGGUUCAAUGGCCUCAAGACAUCCAAGAGAGAGCUCGAUAUUCUCACAGGCGGGCAGUUGAGUUGACCAAAACAGCAAUGUCGCAGCAUGGUGGAGACGUCGAGCUCCAGAUUGCUGCGUUGGAGGCCCUCGCGAAGUACUUGGACAAGACCAAGUGUGUAUCUGACAUUAAAGAAGCGGGAGGUGAAGGCCUGGUGAAGAUGAUGAUGACCACUCACCAUGCCAAUCCGAAGGUUCAGCAGUGGGGGCGUCAUGUGCUUACCGGCAUUGGGGCAGAUCCAAAUUGGGCCCCUAAGACCGGGACUUUGCCUUGA